AUGGGCGCGGACUCCGCCGCGGCGCGCCCCGACGAGGGCGGCGCCACCGCGGCGCGCAUCGCGGCCGACAAAAAGGUCGCCAGCCAGCUCGCAUCCGCGGGCGCGCCGAAGGGCCCCGCCAGGUCGGACGUGACCGAUCCCGCAGAAGAGAUCGCGGGGACGCGCGCCCCCGAGGCUGACGCCGUCGUAUCCAAGCCCACCGCCGAUGCGCCCGCGUCGCCGGAUGACCCCAUGGACGUCGACGGCGACGCGCCAUCCGCUAAGAAGGCGCCCAAGCCGGGCAAGCUCAAGGGUUCCAAGGGCAGGUCCAAGAUGCAGGCGAAGAGGGGCGGAGACUCGGGGGACGACGAGGACGCCGACGACUCGGGCGCGGACAUGGACGCCGAGGACAACGCGCCCGAUCCCGACGACGUCGAGGACGCCGCCGACCCGGCGGACGGCGACCAGCCCAAGCCCAAGCAGACGCGCAAGGUCAUCGGCGACGGAUUCGUCCACUACGCCGCCGACGUCUACGUGCAAUCCUCCGCGCGCCCCGGCACCGGGCACAUCGACCUCACCUUCCAGCUCUACGACGCCGAGGGGGAGUACUACCCCUUCAAAAACUGCGACGCCACCGGUCACUACCACCCGGUGAAGGACGCCCCGUUGCUCAGGUCCAAGAUCGCGGUUCAGCGGUACCUGGAGAGGGACGGGAUGACACCGGAAGACGCCGAGAGGUUCGCCGCGGAGUUUCAAGCUCGAGAGUUUGUCGAAUCCAUCCCGAUCGAGGUCGUGCCCCGCGAGGCUCCGCCGAGGCGUAAAGCCGCCGCUAACGCCGCUAAAUACAAGGACGUGUCCUCCGACGACGACAUGAGCGACCUGAUGGAGGCUGGCGAGACCGCGCCGCUCAAACCGGGCGACGACGGGUACGAGUCGGAGGAGGACGAGGACAAGAUUGAGAAGAUUUUGCUCGCGCUCGAGCCGGGCGAUAUCGACGCGGCCGAGCUCGAGGAGCUCGGAAGCGACGACGCCAAGGCGUUCGCGAAGCUCGUGCUCGAGGGGAAGUGGGCGCCGCCCACGCCGAAGAAGAAGAAGCCCGUCAAACCCAAGCCGAAGAAGCAGAAGCGGGGCAAAAAGGCGGAACCCGAGGAGGAGGAGGAGGAGGCGCCGCUGCCGCCCCUCCUGUACUGCGUGAAGUGGGAGGGGUGCUCGCACAGGCGCCGAUCGUGGGAGACCGAGGGCGGCGUCGUGGAUGCCAAGGGCAAGUACAAGCUCAACAACUUCCAGCGCCAGUACCGCGUCGAUCCGGAUUCGUGUCAAGAAGGGUUCCACCCCGACUAUUUGCUCAUAGACCGAAUCAUCGACGAGCGAGAGGCGGAUGACGACGACGAAGACGCCGACGAUUCCCCGCACUCGAAACGCUCCGACGAAUCCGCGUCAGCAGAGAAGGCGGAGUACCUCGUCAAGUGGCGCGGUCUGAACUACUCCGACGCCACGUGGGAAGCGGCCGAUUGGCUCAAAUCCGACGUCGACGCGAAGGAGAUUUCUCGCUUUCGUCUUCGCAACUCCGUCAAGGACAAACGAAAGGUUCACGCCGCCGCCGCGGAGCGCGCAAAGUCCGGCGGGAAACCCCCGGCGAAACCCAAGCCCCCCGCGUUCAAGAACGGCAUGACCCUCCGGGACUACCAGGUGACCUCCUUCGAGUGGAUGAUCGGCAACUACCGCCGGCGCACCAACGUCAUCCUGGGCGACGAGAUGGGCCUCGGUAAGACGGCGCAGUGCAUCUCAGUCAUGGAGCACGUCCGGACCGAGCAGUUACGCGCGCCUCGGCCUUUCUUAGUCAUCGCGCCGUUGACCACCUUGGGACACUGGAAGCGCGAGAUCGAGAAGUGGACGGACAUGAACGUCGUUCUCAUGGACGGCAACGCGAAGGAUCGCGAGAUCAUCGAGUCGACCGAGUUUUGGUUCCCCGGAAAGGCACCCGGAAAGGGCCCGGCGAAGUUCGACGUCCUUCUGGUAUCCUUCGAGACCGCACGCAGGCUCACGGAGCUCAUCGCGUCGUUCGAGUGGGCCGCGUGCGUCUGCGACGAGGCUCACAAGCUCAAGGAUGUCAACUCGCUCACCACCAAAGCCGUCAUGGAGAUUGGCUACGACUGGCUUUUACUGCUCACGGGAACGCCGAUUCAAAACAACGUCAAGGAACUCUUCGGCAUCAUGCACGUCCUCGACCCGGAGAAGUACCCGAGCUGGGAGCACUUUCAGGAGAGCAUGCUCGACGGCGGCGGCAGGGAGGUGGACGCCGAGCAGGUCAUGCGACUGCGUGAGGUGCUCAAGCCCCGCAUGCUCCGCCGCAUGAAGGAGGACGUCGAGAAGAUUCCGGCCAAGGAGGAGAUUGUCGUCUGGGUCGAGCUCACCCCGGAGCAGCGCGCGUACUACCGCAUGAUCUACGAGAAGCAGGUGCACGUGCUGAUGGAUGGGAACAAGAGCAAGAACGUGCCGCAGCUUCGUAACCUGUGCAUGGAACUUCGGAAGGUUUGCAACCACCCGUUUUUGUGCGACGGGAUGGAGGAGGAUUUCGCAAACAAGAAGAAGCGCGCCGUCGAGCUCGCCGCGGAGAAGGCUGCGAAGGAAGCGGUCGAGAAGGGACUCGAACCCCCGGCCGCACCGGCGCCCCCACAGCCGCUGGACAUGAUCACGCAGUCCAGCGGUAAGAUGAUGCUCCUGAACAAGCUCCUCCCGAAGCUCAAGGCUGAGGGGCACAAGGUUCUCAUCUUCUCGCAAUUUGCCAUCGUCCUCAACAUCCUCAGCGACUACCUCGACCUCAUGGGAUACGAACACGAGCGUUUGGACGGCAGCACGUCGCAGGCUGAUCGACAGGCUGGAAUCGAUCGAUUCAACACCCCGGGCAAGGGCUUCGUGUACCUCCUGUCGACCAGAGCGGGUGGCAUGGGUAUCACGCUCACCGCCGCAGACACCGCCAUAAUCUACGACUCCGAUUGGAACCCUCAGAACGACCUGCAGGCCAUGGCGCGCUGUCACCGCAUCGGCCAGACGAAGGAGGUCAAGGUGUACCGCCUCGUCACCAAGGCGACGUACGAGCAGUCGCUCUUCGAGACGUCCUCGAAGAAGUACGGCCUGGACGAGGCUGUGCUGGGCGGCGGCGAGGGCGGCUUCGGCGCCGGCAAGGCGAAGGAGGACGCCAAGAAGAUCAACGAGCUUCUCAAGUACGGCGUCCACGGCGCCUUGCGCGACGCGUCCGGCGAGGAAGCGAGAGCCUUCGCGGAGGAGGACAUCGACUCCAUCCUUCACAACCGCGCGGAGCAUCGGGCCAUCGGGUCUCGCGCCGGUAACACCUUCAGCACCGCCACCUUCAAUGUCGGCGACGCCAAGAACAUCGACGUCGAGAGCGAGAAAUUCUGGGAGGAGAUGCUCCCGGAGGCGGUCAAGCGCCGCGAGGAGGAGGCGGCGAACGACGCCGCGUGGGGCGUCGACGCCAGGUUCCGCGUCCAGGGCCCGCGCAAACGCGCCAAGAUUGGCAUGUACAAGGAGGGAGCGCGCGGCAUCGGCUUUGGCGCCUUCCGUCGCGGCGAAAAAAGCGGCGACUCGGAGAAUGACUACUCGUCUUCCGAGAGCGAGGACGACCGCGAGACGCGCGCCGCGAAGCGCCGGACCAAACGCGCCAAGGUGGAGAGCGAGCGCCGCGACGGCUGGGUCGACAGGGAGAUCAAGGCGAUCGAAGAGGCGCUCUUCACGUUUGGCCCCGGCAGGAACAACGACUGCGUCAGAGCCGUCAAAGAGGCUCGCCAGUCGGGCUCGCUCGAGGACAACAGGACCUUCUCCGAGUGCAAAUCCGUGGCGCUGGCGCUGCUCGACAUGGUGGACGGCGUGGGUAAGAUUUGCAAGGAGUCCCAGGAAGCCAAGUCAGAGGCGGAGGACGGCAGAAAGGGCGGCAAGGUUGAGCGAUGCGCCGUGUGCGCGUCGUCCAAGAAGGGCAGGUGCGGCACCGAGACCGCCCCCAAGUCGUGCCUCAACCUCUCCGACGAGCUCCGCGCGCGCAUGAACGCCGCGGACGAGGACGCCGACACGGCCGUCCCGGUGGGGAUGACCCGCGCCACAUGGGACGCCGUCAUCGCGUGCUGCGAAGGGGUGCUCAACUCGCACGAAGAUUCGCUCCCGCCAGCCGCGUUUUCGUCCCUCGGCCGACCUUGCGUGUACAAGCGCAUGUCGAGCGGAUGGGCGAGGGGAACGAAGGCGAUCAAGGAGCGAAACGCGCUCGCGGGGACGAUCGAGGCGCCGGAGUACGCGCCCGCGCCCGGUUCUUUCGAUGAGACGGACGGCCCGGAGCCGCCGCCGGAGAAGGAUGAGUUUGAAUUCUCCGAGAUGAUGAAGCCAACCUCGGGGGGUUGGUCCCGGUGGUGGGGCAAGGAGUGCGACGCCGCGUUGCUCCGCGGCUCCCUCCGCUACGGCUUCUCCCCUUGGUCGCAAGCCGAUCUCGAGGCCCAGUUCGAGUGCAUCCUCAAGGAUAAGACCCUCUGGUUCGCGAUGAACGACGUCGUCGCGCCCGACGAGGACGAGGAUAAAAAGGCGGACGCCGAGCACUCGAAACGCGUCAAGGCUGCGAACGCCGUCCACGAGGAGGCUAAGAAGGCGCUCAACGACGAAAACGACAAGGAGACGCACGAGGCUAAGCUCAAGGAACGCAGGGAGAUGCUCGAGGAGGCGAAUAAAAUCGCGGACGAGGGCCCGAAACGCAUGCCCGGUCGCGACACUCUGAAACGACGCAUCCUCGGUUUGCUCAAGAACCUCAUCGACCCGCCCGCGAAGAAGGAACUCAAAAUCAAGCUCGUCAAGGAGCCCAAGCCCAAGAAGCCCACCAAGGCUGAGCUCGCGGAGAUUCGCAAGGCUGAGCGGCUGGCGCGCGACCAGGAGAACGCGCAAAAGUUCAAGGAUUCCCUCACCGGCGGCGGCAACCUCAAGGUUGCGUUUAAGAUUCCUAAAAAAGAAACCGCCGCCGCCGACGCCGUCAACGACGAAGCCGCCGCCGCCGCCGCCGCCGCCGUCAACGACGAAGCCACCCAAAGCCACCCGAAGCCCAAACAGGACCAGGGAAACGGGGAGGCCCCCGCGGAGAUAUCACGACAUACUUCUCCCGCCGCGGGGGCGACGACGAACGAUGAGGGCGCCGCGCCAGCCGAGAAUGUCGACGAACCAAAAAUCGUCGACGCGUUCGGGGCUCUCAUGACGUCCAAGAAGGGGAAGAUGCCGAAGAAGGAGCGCGAGCCGAAGAAGGAGCGCGAGCCGAAGAAGGAGCGCGAGCCGAAGAAGGAGCGCGAGCGAAAGAAGGAGAAGAUGCCGAAGGAGAAGCGGGCCGUCGCCGAUGGCGAGAAUGGGGACGACGCCGUCAAGCCGAAGAAGAGGCGCAAAAAGAAGGACGCGGUCGUCGUCGCCGCCGCGGGCGAAGUCGACGACGCGGGCGCGGAGAAGAUCCCCGCCGCGGCCGCCGCAGCCCCCGACCCCGACCCUAAGCCCGAGGCAGAGGUCGAGCUCGGAAUCGGCGUCGUGGCGCCCCCUCGAGACCCAUCCCCCGCCGUCGAGCGCGCAGCCGUGCCCGCGCCGGCUGUCGUUAAACCGCUCGACUUUGGCAUCUCCGAAGACGACGAUCCGCUCACCUCGUGCGUGCUCACCUCGCUCAACGCCAACGCCAACGGCAACGUCAACGGCGGGGUCAGGACUCCCGCGGGCGCGGCCAAGCCUCAGGGCUCUUCGUUUCUCACGCCGGGGUCGUCGACCGGGAUGGUUCGUUUCGGCAAGGCGGGGGGUUUCAAAAAGUCGGGCGUCGGCGGCGUCAAGAGCGGAUUGGGCCCCGGACAGACGUCCUUGUUCGGGUUCUUCAAGACGCCCGCGCCGGCGGCGGACCAGGAGCGACCUCGGGCUGUCAACACGCCGACCACGGGCGACUUCAUCGCCAUGUGA